AUGUCUCAUCCUGGUUGGCUUGCUGCAAUGAUAGAAGAGAUGAAUGCUUUAGUUGCAAAUGAUGGAACAAUUGCUCGCUUAAAGGCCCGUCUUAUUGCCAAUGAUUAUGCUCAAACCUAUGGAGUGGACUAUUGUGAUACUUUUUCUCCUGUUGCUAAACUUACAUCUAUUCGACUGUUCCUUUCCAUGGCAGCUACUCAUCAUUGGCCUUUGCAUCAGCUUGAUAUAAAAAAUGAUUUUCUUCAUAGAGAUCUUGAGGAAGAAGUGUAUAUGGAGCAACCUCCUGGGUUCGUUGCUCAGGGGAGCAAUGCCCUUGCAACACCUGGGGAGAAGCAACUGCACGGAGCAAUCAAUUUCGACUUCAAAGCCUUGAACAAUGAGGCUGACUACGAAGCCUUAAUAGCUGGUCUCAAGCUGGAACAUGAAGUACGGGCUAACUUCUUAGACAUAUUCAGCGAUUCCCAGCUAGUUAUGAAUCAAGUCCUAGGUGAAUACACAGUUCGAGGUGAGAAAAGGGUUGCCUACUUCAGGAAAAUAAAAGACUUGCUAAGUCAGCUCAAAGGCUACCAAAUCAGGCAGAUCCCCAAAGAGUAG